AUGGGCAUGGAAGACGUCAGGGCGACCCGCUCUGUGCUCUUCUCACAAGGUAUCGACAAGCUCGCGCGGCGGGGACGGGUGCUGGAGCACAUGGUGGCGGCAGGAGCGCUGGCUACGCCGGCACGGGCCGGACUGCUCACUGGUAGCUACCCGGUGCGGCUGGGCAUGGCGUCGUCAGCGGACACCUUCCGCACGUUCUACUCGCCUGGUCAAGUGGGAGGCCUCCCACACGGCACGGUGACGCUUGCAGAUGAGCUGCUUGCGCUUGGAUACGCCACAGCGGCGGUGGGGACGUGGCAUCUGGGGAUGUCGGACGCGUCGGCUUGGUCGCCGAACGGGGCGCAUCUUCCACUGGCGCACGGCUUUGAGUCGUACUACGGCAUGCCGGUCUCGCACGCGCUGACGUGUGCCGGUGACGGGCUGGGGCGUGAUGCGCCGCGCGAUGCGGUCUAUAUCCUCUUUCUUACCUAUCAUGUGUGGAUCUCGCUGGUCUGCCUCCUCGGUGCGGCCUACACGCUUGGCGCCAUCGGAAGCGUCGGCUUCAAGUUUGGGCUCAUGUACGUAGCGGCGGCGAUGGGUGGGGUGUACUUGUACGCGGUCUCGUUUUCGGUUCUCAAUCCUGCAGCAUGUGUCCUGUUCCGCGACAACGAGCUUGUGGAGCAGCCUGUGGUGCUGGCGAACCUCACGUCGAGGCUUGUGCAGGAGGCGACGCAGUUUAUCGGCGGCGCUGCGGCGUCGCCGCAACCUUUUUUCCUCUACUUUGCGCUGCCCGAGGCUGACCUGGCGUCGGUGGACGGGGCAGUAGCGGCAGUGGUGGAUGCGCUCGACGCCGCAGGCGUCUUCGACAACACACUUGUGAUCUUUACCUCGGACAACGGGCCCCAUCUCGAGCGCGCCACUGCACACGGCCGCGCCCAGGACGGACGCCAGCUGCGUGGCGGCAAGGGCCAAGUCUGGGACGGUGGUUUCCGGGUGCCUGGCAUCAUUUCCUGGCCGCACCACAUCGAAGGAGGCACGGUGUCGACGCACCCAGCGUCACACCUCGACAUUGUACCGACGGUUCUUGAUGCGGUGCACGGAGUCGGCCGCGGACUGGCAGCUCGGAUUGGUCGGAGCCAGCUUGACGGCGUCUCGCUCGUCGAUGCGGCUACCACAAGCCCCGACCGUCCUCUCUUCCACUAUUGCGGCGACCAGCUUGCCGCUGUCCGGCUCGGCCGGCGCCAUAAGGUCGUCUACGAGUCGCCGGUGCCCGACGCAGGGACCCAGGCGUGCGCAUCGACCUUUGUGUGUGGUUGCCACGGAACGGUCCACGAUCCGCCGCUUGUUUUUGACCUUGCUGCCGAUCCAUCCGAGAGCGCACCGCUCGCCCCAAGCGACGUUGCAGUUGCCGCAGUCCUUGCUUCUGCUGCUGAUGCCGUCCACACACACCAGGCUACAGUAAGCAACGUCCCGAACCAGCUCGAGACCAUUGCUCGGCCGUGGCUCUUUCCCUGCUGUGACUGGCCCAAAUGCCACUGUCUGGAGGCUCGGACUGCGACAUAAAUGAUGCAUACCCGUG